GAAUUGGAGACUCUAAAUUGCCCGUAGGCAUGACUGUGAGUGCGAAUGGUUGUUUGUUCCUAUGUGCCCUGCGAUUGGCUGGCAACCAGUUCAGGGUGUACCCCGCCUCCUGCCCGAUGACAGCUGGGAUAGGCUCCAGCACGCCCGCGACCCUAGUGAGGAGAAGCGGCUCAGAAAAUGGAUGGAUGGAUGAUGUACUGAGUUCGGAGCCAUGUGUGCAUAUGGAUGCACGUCAUACAUUCAGGCAUCACACAUUCAAAAAUGUAGGUCAAGCGUGUAAUGACACUCCACACCUGAUAGAGGCAGUAAUGUAAUGUUUUUUUUGCCGGAAGUAAAAAAAAAAAAAAAAAAAAAAAGUAAAGCCGAACUUAGCAAGGCGUUUGGUGGUUCGUUGCGACUUUUGUGCUUUAUUAUCAAAAUAUCUGCCGUAAAUCAGGGCGAAAUUGUUCCUGCCAGAAUAAAGAAAGAAUACGCUUCUCUUGUGGCUAGCUUAGCUUAGCUUCAUUUUUGUGUGCUAGCUGUGAAGAGCGAGACGCGGAAGUUAGCAACGCAUCGCUAAGAAGAGGCGAUCAAGUGUGAGUGUAAAUUGCUGUGAUUAUCGUGUGAAAAUGUGUAAAGUGGAAAUAUUGAGAGCGUUGUUAAAUCAGCGACUAAGUGCGGCCGUUGAAGAAGUGUUUGUAGUGUUUGCAAGAACGAUAGCAGAGUACGAGGAGGAGCUUUGCCGAACUAAAGAGGAGAACGAAAGACAACGUCAACUACUGGACGCUGUUUUCAAGCCUCAGGUUGCGUUCCACCAUACAGACAUCAGUGAAGAAGAGCUUCAUCCUGAGCACCAGGGGUGGAGCUUCAGUAUGGAACAACAGCAGCCAGAGCCCCCCAACAUUAAAGAGGAAGAGCCUCUUUACAUUAAAGAGGAAAAGGAACAGGCCGAUAUCGCCAACGUUCCAGUGACGGAUGCCAUUGCGAACAUUGAAAAUGAUGAAGACAACGCACAUUGGUCACAGCUUCAUCCCAGUCAAAGUGAUGAGAACAGAGGGGCGAAGCCUCCGAGUGGCUGCUCAAGUCAACACGCGACAACAAAACAUGAUAGAGACCACCGUGGAGGAUCACAAGAAGACAGCCUCUUAGCUCCACUGUCAGAUAGCAACAACACAGAAUCACAUUCUCCGGAUACUGACGAUGACGAACACUCUAAAGGUGUUAGGACGUGUCCCGCCGACAACAUGCACUUUAAAUGCUCUCAGUGUGACAAAAGUUUCAUCAACACGGCUACUCUCAAAAGGCACAUGAUGAUUCACAAAGGAGAGAAAACCUUCAAUUGCUCAUUUUGUGGUAAAAGAUUCAAUCAAAAGGUACAUUUGAUCAAACACACGAGAACGCACACAGGAGAAAAACCUUUUUCCUGCACAGUUUGUGGUAUGAGAUUAAGUCAAAAAGAAUAUUUGAAAGUGCACAUGAGAACACACACUGGUGAGAAACCAUUCCCCUGUUCAGUGUGUGGUAAAAAAUUCUCUCAAAAGGCAUUUUUGAAGGUACACACAAGAACGCACACUGGUGAAAAACCUUUUUCUUGCUUAGUCUGUAACAAAAGUUUUAGUGCUUAUUCAACAUGUACUCGGCACCAAAGAACACACACGGGUGACAAAGUGUUCAGCUGUAGUGUAUGUGAUAAGAAAUUCACUCGGAAGGACAACCUGAACAAACACAAGUGUACUGCUAAGAAAUGAAGCCGCAAAAUAAUCUUUAAAGUCAUGAACUAUAAUAACGCUGUGUUCGAAAUCACUCCCAAUCCACUACAUAAACGUAUAUAAAGUUGGCUGUUUUGUACUACUUUUGGAAUGUGUAGUGAUAUAUACGUUAUUAGUGCCCUCAAUGUAUCUCACAAUGCAUUUUGAGAUUACCAGAUGUCGUUCGGCAGAUUUUUUUGCUUUGACUUGAGAGUAAACACGUGUGAAACGAGGGCUCUAUGGUGGCAGUGAAGUCAACUCACUUCACAACGAGCACCACUUUGGCAGGUAGUGAAGAAUUCUUCAAAAACGGGGCUUCAAGCUGUUUCAUGCAGCACCCUCUUGAAGUUUACUGUCAAACUAAACAUAAACGCAAUUACACAUUGUGUAUUUAACCAAACCACAUAUCUUACGAAUGUCUGCUAGCACAUUGCUAACACACGAUGCAAAACACAACAAACAGGCUAAUGAAAAUGGCUCUGAUGUUGUUGUAGUUAUAACCAUUUAAGCAAUGGCUAUUUGAACACAAACAGCGGAGCAACACAUGUAGACAGACAAUAUAAUACUCACAGGCAUAUAUUAUUUGUCCACUAUGAAACCGUCUCCAUGUAAAUCCUUGAGUUAUAUCUGCAUUAUACUGCCCCAAGGUGGCCAAGGCUCGCCACCAGACUACCCAAGACUAACAACGAGCACACUUUGACUAGUUGACGUGACAACAGAGACAAUAGUGUUGAUGUUGAAUAAUUCGUGUGUUGGAGCUGAAUGUCGUUCUAUACAAAGUGUGUGUUUCAUUAAACAAUGUUUUAAGAUGAUUUCA